AUGUUUUUUGUUAUUGUUAUUGUGUUUUUUGUUUUUUGUUUUUCUUUUAUUAUUUAUCUAGAUGAAAUAAUUGAUCAAUGUGAAUCAUGGAUACGUGAAUUACAAGAAACAUCAUCAACAGAAAAACGUAUUAGUUCAUCAAUAAAAUUAAAUUCUUUAACACCACCUGACGAUCUUAUUAUUCCAUCUGAAUUAACAACAUUUUUAUUUAAAAUAUCAUCAAAUAAUAAUAAUAAUACAACAACAACAGAUCAAGUAACACCUUGUUCUUCAACAGUAACAAUAACAACAGUAAAUAUUCCAUCAAUAUCGGAUAUAAAUAAAAAAUCUGAACAAAAUAUACAUUCAACAUCAACUGAUGAACAUUCAAUACAAAUUAAAAUAGUACCUAAUCUACAAUAUCAAUCACCUUUAUCAUCAGCUGCUGCUACAAUUGAAUUACCAACAACAUUAAUUGAUACAGAAACUCAACAAUCAUCAAAUUCAUCAAAUGAUCAUUAUGAACAACAACAAAAUCAAUCACUAUCAACAAAUACAAAUACAAAUACAUAUGAUGUAACAAUAACACAUUCAAAUAGUUUAAUAUCAGAUUGGACAUCAACUGAUACACCAAAUGUACCAUUACCUGAUGAUGGACUUAUUUAUGAUGAUUUACUUGAUGAUGAAGAUGAUUUAGAUAUAGAAGAUAUGCUUCAAUAUGAAAGUGAAAUACCUGAAGGUUAUCCUGAAGAUUAUCCUGAAGAUUUUUAUUGA